AUUCUAUUCUAUCCCCACUCUGAAUUUUCUUCCUUCUAUUUCAGUUCUUCAAAACCCAAUAAUCCUGUCCCCGCCCUCCGUUUACUUUUCCCCGCUAAUUACGCCCCCCUUCUCUUUCUCUCUCCUCUCUCUCUCUUCUCUCUCACACACACUCACACACACACACACACAGUUCCUUCCUUCCUUAUGUCCAAACGACAAGCAUUAUCAGACAGCAGCACCACCACUUACCAUGUCCCUCCUCUCUCUCUUCCUCCUCCUCAUUCUCUCUCUCCUCCAAUUCUCACUUUCUCUCUCCUAUCCCUUCAAUUACAGUUUGCACAUUGACUGCGGCGGCCUAGUCAACACCACCGACGCCUUCCACACCACGUGGCUCCCCGACGCAUUCUACUCCGGCGGCGCCACCUCCGUCGUCUCCGAGCCCCUCCUGUUCCUGCACCAGCAGGAGAAAACCCUCCGCCACUUCCCCAUCUCCUCCGGCAAGAAGAACUGCUACUCCAUACCCACCGGCGUCUCCGCCGGCGGCCGCUACUUCCUCCGCACGUUCACCGUCUACGACAACUUCGACGGCAAGUCCCACUCCCCUUCCUUCGACGUCUCCGUCGAGGGCACAAUAGUCUUUUCCUGGAGAUCCCCUUGGACCGAAUCCGUAGCCCGCUCCGGCGCUUAUUCGGAUCUCUUCUUCCACCACAACGAACCCAUCGUCGACGUUUGCUUCUACAGCAUCGCCACCGAUUCUCCGGUCAUCGGCUCUCUCCAGUUGACCCAAAUCGAACCCAAUGCCUACCAAUUCGAGUACGCCAAGAACUCCAGCAACUACAUCCUCGUUAACUACGGCAGAUUUUCAUCCGGGUCGGAUCAAUGGGGACCCGGAUUCACAGACGACACCGAUUUUUUCAGCCGGUCCUGGCAAUCCGAUGCCGAAUUCCGGCUGACAUCCGUUUCGAUUGCUAACGGCGCAACAAUCAAACCAAUCUCCGCCGGAAAACCAAUAGCUAAUGUCGAAAAAAGCCCUAAUUACUUCCCCGAAAAGCUUUACCGGACAGCAAUUACAGCGGAAGGAAACGGGGGUGGGAUUCUCGAAUACGAAUUGCCCGUGGAUGCAAAGAUGGAUUACUUGCUGUGGUUCCACUUUGCGGAAAUCGACGCGGGCGUGUCCAAAAUCGGACAGAGGGUGUUCGAUGUAACGGUGAACGGUGAAAAUGUGAGCAGGGUUGAUGUUUUUAAGGAGGUUGGCGGUUUCGCGGCGUACGAUUGGAGCUACGUUGUCAAGAAUUUGAGCAGCACCACUUUGAAUGUGAGGCUCGAGUCCGUAGUCGGGGCGCCGAUUAUUUGUGGGCUCGAGAAUUACGCAAUCGUCCCCGUCGAUCUCAAGACUAUUCCCGAUCAGGUGAUUGCAAUGAAAGCAUUGAAGGAAUCGCUUCGUGUGCCCGAUAGAAUGGGGUGGAACGGAGAUCCGUGCGCACCUACAAAUUGGGACGCUUGGGAGGGUGUUACUUGUCACCCCACAAAGGACGAAACUGCCCUCGUCGUCUCCCAAAUUGAUCUUGGGAGCCAGGGUUUGAAAGGUUAUAUCAGUGAUAAAAUCGUGCUUUUGACGAAUUUGGUAAGCUUGAACUUGAGUUCCAAUUCAUUGGGAGGUAAUAUACCGUCGGGGUUGGGUCAAAACUCGCUCGUCAAGCUGGAUUUAUCAAACAACAAGUUUACCGGGUAUAUACCCGAUAGUCUAACGUCAUCCAGCUUGCAGCUUGUGUUAUUGAACGGCAACUUAUUGGAAGGGCAAGUUCCGGAGGAUAUUUAUUCGAUUGGGGUUCGCGGUGGAGCUAUAGACCUAUCGGGUAAUAAAGGAUUGUGUGGUGUACCUUCACUGCCGAAUUGUUCGCUGCUUUGGGGGGAAAAUGGAUUAUCGAAGGGGGCCAAAGUAGGAAUAGGUGUCGCAUCUCUCGUUAUUCUCUCUGCACUUAUAACCGGAAUAUACUUUUGCCUUAAAUGGAAGCAUCGAAACGAUUACGACUUUGGUUUACCUCACGAACUAACUGCUCUUGCUGCAAAGAGAAAUCGAUAUCACCGGCAGAAAUCGCUUAUGGAUCUUGAAAUGGAGAGACAACAUGCCAAAGGGUUUAUACCAACUUACAACGUUAGCUGAUUGUAAAGAGAAGAAGCAUUAAUUUUUUUUGAUAUAGAGUUUUGUUUUGUGUUAUUGGAAAACCACAUUAUUUGUAAUGUGCAGUGUGUUUUGUGAUACAAGUUUUUAUUUAUUUUGUAAAAAAAAUUAUAAUUAUACCCUUAGAUAAUUGAGAUGGCAGUUAUGAGAUAGAUAAUACAAAUGUUUGGAAAACAAAAAAAUGUUCCUUGGUGAAUGAUCGUUGGGCAAG